UUUAUGCACUUUUUAUCGUUCUCGUUGCAGCUGCGCAUAUACUUUCGACUUUGUAACAUGACAGCUCUCUGUUAAUAAAAAACGCGCCUCAUACAUUCGUUCCAAAUUUAAUUAAUAUUUAACUUCUAUUUUUUUCCUAUUCGUUUCCCUCUAAAUUUUUCAUCAUAUGUUAUAUUUGUCAUUCGCGAAUAACCUAUUAAAUCGCUUCAUCCGAGCGGCGCGACUCGCGAAGGAGUAACGUCACUGUCACUUCGAAAUUUCUCGUCGAAGUCAGAUUCCGUCCACGUCCAGUUUUUUCCGGUCGACGUUUUCAUAGAACAGUGUUCGUCGUUUCGGAAGCAUGCUCGAACAAACGGCCGGAAAGAGAAUUACGCGAGCUGUAAUGUAUGUAAGUUAAAACGUCGUCCCGACUGAAAAGUGAUUUUGUACGCAAUGGAUGUAGAGAGAAUCGCGAUGUUCGCCGGCGUCGGUUUCGCCAUCGCCGUCGGCUUAUUCGUCCUGUGGGGCCCGUCGCCGAAACCUAGAAAAAAAGGCCAAGUUGUCGGGAUCAAUAAUUUGGGAUAUACAUGUUUUCUGAAUUCUCUCUUGCAAGCCCUGGCUGCUUGCCCCACAUUUAUUUUCUGGCUUCAAAGACAACAGGAAAAGAAUAGAAAUUUUGCUGAUACACUAUUUUCUGUUCUCAAGAAGAUUAAUGGUUUUGCGGAUGACAUGUAUGGCAAUGUGACACCUGUUGAAAUCAUUUCUUCUGUUGGUUCGCUGUGGAAUUUUGGGCCUGGUCAUCAAGAUGCUCACGAGCUGUUCCAUGUAGUUCUUAGCGCAUUAGAUGCUGAAAUGCAGCCUGCAAAUAGAGUACAAGGUUGUUUGUCUGAUGCGUUGCCACCAAGUCCGAAUAUAGAAUCAAAUAUAAGAGGAGUGGUUGACAUUCCUGAAUCUCAGGUUCUAAAUCUCAGAAGCGCAUCCUGCAAUGAUAUUGCAUCGGUGAAAACUGAGACCGAUACUCCAAAGGGCUUCGAUAAGAACUGUAACAAUCAAAUGAUGACCUCAACCUCGUCUGUAGCCAGUAUGUCUCCGAGCAUCGGGUGCAAACCCGGUAUGAUACUCGCCAGAUCUUCGGAAUUGCUGUCGCGAAGCGUUCAAAGCAAUGGCGAUUGUAAGAGUCCCUUCAGAUCGUGGAAGUCCCUAUGUGCCAUGCCCUUCAUCAACAUUCCCUCGGUCUCGAUAGAGACGCAUCCGUUCUCAGGCCUGAUCACCAGCCAAGUUCAGUGCAGCAGCUGCUUCUGGAAGUCUUCAGUACGUUACGACAAGCUCGAGACCUUAUCGUUACCAUUACCACCGCUCACCUCGUUCAUGCCGCAACAUCACACUUUGGAGUGGCUGCUGUCACGUUUCGUAGACAGCGAGAUGGUACGCGACGUGCAGUGCGAUGGAUGCUCGUCGCGCUGUGCCGCUGUCAAGACUCUCACUCUUGGAAAAUUGCCCAAGUGCUUAUGCUUGCACAUCCCGAGGACUACAUGGAGUUCCUCGGGCGUGCCAAUUAAAAGGGACGACCAGAUUACGUUCCCAGAACUUCUGGUGCUAGAUCCUUACACUUACACAGAGACAAAAAAGAGAAAUGCACAGGGUGAUGUGAAAUUUCUCGAUAGCAGUUUUACGACGAUACAGGGUAAACAUAAGUAUCGAUUAUGCGCAGUGAUCGAGCACCGUGGCCCGGUGGAUUCCGGUCACUUUGUUUGCUUUAGACGCGGAAAUAAAACGGAUCAAUGGUUGUACACGUCCGAUAUCAUCGUCGAGAGCGUGUCCCUGACGCAGGUGCUGCUUGCUAGCCCGUACCUGCUUUUCUACGAGCGCAUCAGCAGCGUUUGUCCUAGCUAGGAACAAAUUUUCGAAGUGAUAGGCAAUCUAUAGGAAUUACAUAAUUGCGCAUUCAAUGAGAAAUGAGAGCUUACUCUUUUUAGCUACGCUCUCUCAUGCUUUCGGCAUUGAAAGUAUAACGAUCAUGCAGUGAUGGAAGUAAUAUGGAAAGAUAGAAUCAUAUAGAUUUGCAAAUAAGCGUGUAGAAAGUGCAGCUGGAAAAAGAACAGGAAAAGAAUAUAAGAUUUGCAAAAUACAAGAGACUGUCGAAUUUUCCAUAAUUAGUUUAGUAAUUAUCGCUCGAUAUUCGCGACGUGUAAUUGCGAUAAUACUUUGUUAUAAUCUACGACUAUAAAGCGCGUCCCUAGGUGAUAUUUUAUAGCAGUGGCGAAGUAUAUCAAGUAUAAUAAUCUAAAAUUCAGGAGCAUUUUAACAGAUGCGAUAAUAAUUGCCAUUAUUAAACGCUGACGAAUCUAACGGUGUAGUUAGUUUUGUG